ACGCGAGUUCCGCAGAUAGGAACGAUGACGCGAUGCGAGCGAGUUCGUACGUAAACCAGUUAGGCGGAAUCCACUUUUCCCUGAGGCAUAAACCUUUUCGCCUAAACGCGCGUAUACGUAUCGAAAGAAUAGGAGGAGAAGGAGAAGGAGGAAGAGAGAAAGAGAAAAGAGAAAAAGAAGGGGAGAGCCUUCGGCCCUUGCACAUUCGCCGACGGCGUCGGCGGCAGCAAUAAGCGAGGCUUCUCAGACUUCAUCGAGCCACUGUCCCGCUUUCCACGAUUUCCCUCACCGUCGUUCGCCCAAUCGCUCUCUCGUACUUCAUCCCCACUCCGCCUACCCUACCGCCGCGUGCGGCCGCGUCGGUAAUUAUACAUUCAUUCAGAGGAGUCGCUCUGUCAGUCGCUCGUGGAGAAUCCUCGCGGAUAAGGUCGUACCUUCGUUUUUCUUUCUUCCUUCUUUUUCUCGCGACGUCUUAAACUCUCUUAGAAAUCCUCCAUAUUUUUCUCUUUUUCUCUAUCUCGAUUCCUUUCUUUUCGUCUCCUUCUCUUUCUCUCUCUCCCUCUCUCUCUCUCUCUCUCUCUCUUUCUCUUCAUAUACCUUUCCACUCUCCCAUUCGCCGAGCUGGACACGUCGUUCCUCGAAGAAACGGAAAGAGAGGGAAGUCUCAACGUGCUACAAGAUAUAUCGAAAUGGCGUUCUUUCUAACGCUCUCUUAAAAGAUACAAACGAGAGACUUUCUUUUUCGACUUUCUUCCCGUCUACAACGUACGUUUGGUGUUCCAACUAAGUGUCCGACAGUGAUGUGUGACCCCCAUCGACGUUCCCCGUAAAGAAUAACGAUUCUUGGAAACGGUGAAAGCAAUUAUGAACGUGCGAGCCAAAUGUAUUUCGAGGAAAGUUCUCUGAGAAUUUCUCCUUGAGACAAUUCGUCGCUGCUUUAUUCCUCUUCUCUUCUCUUCUCUUCUAUUCCUGAAUGCACUCUUUGAAGCAGAAGGCCUGGGCGAGACAAUUACUGAACAAAUAAUUGGUGACGGUCUGCCACCAAUGUUGUACUUCACUCUACGACGGUGACGCGAGCUAAUUAAGUUUCAAGAUGCUGACAGUGAUGUGUCCUAAUUGUCGCCAUCGGUUCCCGGCGACCGGUUGCUGCGAUCCGAGAGCAACGCAAAAGGACAAUAACUUCGAGGAAACGUCGGCUUACUACGGCGGUAUGUUGGUGCCCAGAGGAUAUACCAGCGGUGGUGGUUGUGUGAUAAACGCACCAACGAUCAUUCACGGGCCAGCUAUUAUCCAGUCGGACGGACGUCAUUGCGGUUCCGUCACAAGAAUCGUUGACGCCGAAACGAUCGACUCGGCGAAAGGUUCGACAUGCGAUAACGAUAAGCCGAUGAAGAACUCGACUUGUAAUUCGUCAGAGAGGCUAACGAAGUGUCCACGAUCUGACCAGUCCGAUGAUCAGACGAAAAUGCAAACGGAAGAUCGUCAAUCGCCCUCGAUAUGUCGUAUAACGACUACUUGCGAUCUGACAGGUGGUAGCGUGACCAUUUCAACACCCAGUAUACAGUCAGGAGGUUGUUUUAUUCAAAGCACCAAUUCUUGCGUCCUGGUGCAGACUCCGCACGUCGAAAUUCGUCCGAAAUUGUCGGGCGGAGGUUGUCUUGUUCAAACGAAAAUAUCGACGGACGAUCAGGACGACAGUUUAGUUGCGAAGUCGACGAUGGACGAACAAAUCGACGAUACCAGAUGUGCCUUUUCCAAUCUCGAAGAUAUUUAUUCGAAUAGAAUGACUCUGAUACCACCAAGUGGAUGUCAAGAAUUACCGGGUAUCAGGAGGAGUUCUUCGUCGAAGGUCUGCUCGGAAAAACGGCCGAUCGACGAAGAUUUCGAUAGACCACGUUAUAAUUUUUGCGAAGGUGACUCUGGAUUUUCUAGUAUCAAAGUAACGCACAAGCAAGAUUCCCGAACGCACGACAGGUUUCACGAUAAAGAAGAACAGUUACCAUCGAAACAGCAGUCAACGACGAGACAUCGAGCUACCUUUCAAGAUCCGGUCUUUUGUUCGCGACCGCAGUCCGGUUGCAUGGAAAAGAAGUCUGAUUGCUCGCACAACGACGUUCGAAAUCUUUGUCAAGGGAACAUAAUGAUGGUUAAUAAUGGGUUGCAAUUUAAUCCGUCCAUAGGAGACUUUUCGAAGAACUCAAACGAUCACGAAUCUCUUCUUCAUCCUUCUAGCGGCGUUCAGAUUCAAGUGAACGCUACUGUUCAAUUGCCGGCGAAUUUAGGUCAAUGUUUUGUGAAUAUAACGGCAACUAGAACGAAUUCCAACUGUCCUGAACGUUCCGCGGGUAUCGGAAGCUGUAACAAUUUCAACGGUGGUGGUAUCGUCGAGUCAGAGGACGAUUGUGUUAGGAACGAUUCCGUCAUGAAAGAUUGCGACAACGGGAGUACUUACAAUAAUACCGAAAGAAGAGAGGAAACACCAACUACACCUGUUUCUUGGGUUAUCCCUUGGGGUUUUGAUACCUACCUGAUAGACAAGGAUAGAGCAAAAUUACUGGAGGUGAAGAAACUUCUUCAAACGUGCGGAUGGUAUCACGAGGGUCUAAGCUGGCAACAAAGUGAAAGUCUUCUUAAGAACGCUGCCGUUGGCAGAUGGUUGAUGAGAGAUAGCUCGGACAGCAGAUACACCUUUGCUGUUUCCGUGCAAACCGAAAGGGGUCCAACAUCCGUCAGAGUACACUAUUUUCUUAGACGCUUUAGGCUAGACGCAGAACCAAGAUUCGCUCUUGCCAUGCCGCUCUUCGAUUGUCCUAUCAAAAUGUUAGAACAUUACGUCGAGUAUUCGAAAAGAAUAGAUGAGCAUAGGAGAGAGGUCUGGGUCGAUUUUAGCGGCCAACUUUACAGUCAAAUCUACCUCACGAAACCUUUGGUCAAAGAAGUUAGAUCCCUUUCUCACUUGGCACGAUUAAGCGUCAACAAGAACAAGUUACCUACCGAACAUCUGCCACCAAUCAUCAAAAAUUAUCUCGCGGAGUAUCCGUACGCGCUUUGAGUAUACGGUUUCGUUGCCUCUCUUCCACUUUUCUUACGAGCUAAACACGCGAGACAUCUAUUUUUAUAUUAAUUCCAAACAUUUAACCGUUUGCUCGGAAUUUUGUUGAUGGGAGCUGUCGUUCAGAGAUCAUUUUUCUUUUCUUGUUUUUUUCUUGUUCAGUUUUCUUUCCUAUUUUCGUUUUUACGCAACAGACUCGAUAAAUUUUGAAUAAUUUUUUUUUUUUUAGGGAAUAUCACAUUUGGUGACGGUAUAUGCUAUUCGGAAUAAUAUGUAUCGUUCAAAAUUUUUUGAUUCCGAGCAUUUGGCCGAUGGGAAAAGAUGAGGUGAAACGAUAGUUGUAUAAGAAAUAAAGCACGGAUGAGAUAUCAGAUUGAUAUGAGAAAUGAUACUUCACAUUACAUUCAAUUUUCAAGAUUUUUCUUACACCAAUUCAUCGAGCAAUAGCUACGUACGUAGCGAAUGAGAAUUAUUUUCUAAUAAGAAUUCCGAGAUAUAUAUAUAUAUAAAGAGAAAGAUCGAUCUACAUGGAUUUAUGUAACGCCUCAUUUUUAUUUUUAAGACUGGGACAGUAGGAACAACGAGAGCAAUGAUACUUUUUUUUUAAGCUAUAUUCUGAGAAGCAAACUCUUCAACUUGAUCAGGAAUGCGUGUUGACGUUGUUCGAUUGAAUUAUUAGUGCACGGAUCCUGAAAUUAUAUCCUUAGUAACUUUUUAUUAUUAUAACUUAAAUGUGUGUUCGCGAAAGGCGUAUUGCGCUGUACUGAUAAGUUGAAUGAAUUUCACUUUGGUACUGUUCUAACAUUCUGAAGGAUUGUAAUCCCACUUUUCCGAGUAUUUAUUUAGGGACUGAAAUAUUUUAACCUAUAUAUAUAUGAUGUAUAAUGUUGUCUAAAGUCAUUGUGUGGAUUAAUUGCCACAUUUCCUCCUAACGUAAUACGCUUAGAGUUAAGUCGCCGCGCUAGACUUACGCUAAUAUGUUGUUAAUUUGCCUAUUUUUGUCGGCAAAAAUGUUUUCAACGAAAGUCGAAGCGACUGAAUUAAACAAAUUUCUCUGAUUAUUCGAAUAUAUUCAUCUGCCAUACAGCAUUAUGAAUAUUUAAAGUGAAUUAGGAUUUCUAAACGACCGUUCGCAGCGCCAGAAAUAUAUAAUGUCGAAUAAAAAAUAACGUAAAAGUAUAGGCAACUUAAAUCGAAUAUAAUAAUAAUAAUAAUAAUAAUAAUAAUAAUAAUAAUAAUAAUAAUAAUAAUAAUAAUAAUAAUAAUAAUAAUAAUAGUUAUAAAAAUAUAAUAAUAAAAAUAAUAAUAGUAGUAAGUAAAUAAAUAGUCAUUGUAGUUAUAUCGAAAGUCAUCAUAUGGAAUUAGUUUACAUAUUGAAAUUUUUUACCGUCGAUUAAACGGCAUGAAAGUAUUGCUUAGCAAAGGACCUUCGGGUCCUUCUUAGGAUGAGCCAUUGAUAACGUAUCAAAUUUGCGACGAGUUAUUCGUUAGAAGAAACAAAAAAAGGAUAAUAAACAAAUUAUGGCGCUGUCAUAUGAAAUUCCUAAUAACGUUGACAUAGGUCAUAGUAUAAUGAAAGUAUUUAAUGUAAAGUCAUAUUGAAAUUCUUGUUAUUUUUGUUUACAGUGUCAAUCGUAAAUAAAUCGUAUAAUACAUAAUAGUCAAAACUUUCGAUGACCAGCAUCCAAAACGAUGUGAUAAUAAUCCGUUGCCAGAAAAUAAUAGACGUGUAGUAGUUUUAUUGUCAAUAGUAAAUAUUGCAUUAUUAUAUACAAGUAAAAAAGCUAUUGUAACAGACUGCUCUGCGGGUAUUUUCGACUGAUUCAAUAGAAAGUAAAAGGAGGUUUUAGAUAAUUUGUGCUUGAACAAUUUCCUCUGGUAAUUUUAUUAUUAUUUUCUGCGUUCUCUUCUAUUGCAACGUUUCGUUUUUCUCUCGUUUAGAAUAAGAUCGUUGUAAAAACCUCGCUUCUUUACGAUUCUAUAAUUAACCGUAUAAUGUGUGGUAAAGAUAAAUUAUACGUGCGAUAUAUAAAUGUAAUUGAAAAAUAGAUUACCUUUAGAUAGGUCUAUAUCUAAUAUUAUUUCGAACGAAUAAAAAAGAAAAAGAUAUACGUACAUUUCGUUUUACAUUUACGUUUCAAAUUGAAAUUAGUCAAUUCUAGAAAAUAAUUAUUUAAGUUAUUUCUUCAUAUUUUCACGAUAUGAAAUUUAAUAUAGUAGAGUGCCCAUUAUCAACAGUCAAAUGUGAAUUGAUAUCGUGAUCCCGUACUAUCGUUGAUACAACUUAUGUACUUUAUAAUAAAACAAUUUCUUAAAAACA